GCAUCUUUUAGCUGAUAUGCCUGAACCAGCUAAAUCUGCUCCUGCCCCUAAAAAGGGCUCCAAGAAGGCGGUGACUAAGGCACAGAAGAAAGAUGGCAAAAAGCGAAAACGUAGCCGAAAGGAGAGUUACUCUGUGUACGUCUACAAGGUCCUGAAACAGGUCCAUCCCGAUACUGGUAUCUCUUCUAAAGCCAUGGGUAUUAUGAACUCAUUUGUUAACGACAUCUUCGAGCGGAUUGCGGGCGAAGCUUCUCGUCUUGCUCAUUACAACAAGCGCUCAACUAUCACUUCCAGGGAGAUCCAGACAGCCGUGCGCUUGCUGCUUCCUGGAGAGCUGGCCAAACAUGCAGUGUCCGAGGGUACCAAGGCUGUCACCAAGUACACCAGUUCCAAGUAAUUUCAGCGCCUGAGA